AUGGCUGAAAAAUUAGAUGCCGUUUCACUGAAUAAUGUAAACUGGCUCCUAAUAAGGCGUUGUCCACAGGUGCCUGUUAGGUAUCAAACCAUCCCUAGUCUCGUUACACAAAAUGCGAAACUUCCACCACGAUUAUUUCCGUAUAAUCUACCGAUUGGACCGCGCCGACCUUUCUCGGUGAUAAGUAGGCCACCUGCACUUGGAAUCGGAAACAUCAGGGGAUUAGAAGAGAACAAAAAGAAUGAAUUAUCUACAGAGGAGUCAAGUGGGACGUUUCAGCCUAUAGAGAUAGAGAGCAAAAGCGAGAAGGAGCUCCAGGUUUUACGUGAAACGGUGAGUUGAGGUUUGAGAGUCUCGAUGAGAACUGUAAUUCAAUCAAGGAAAGGCGAGGGAGAAGAGGGGCAAGCUAAUAUUCAAUGGCAGGGGUCAAAACGAAUGGUUUGAGAAGCCCCUUUAUUGUAGGGAACUUUCAUGGCAGCUAGCCACUUCUUACUAUGAGCAUCCCGGCUUUAUGAAUUGUCAUAAAUCGCAGAGUAGUACCAAUACUCUGGUCACUUACUGGUGGGUAAGUAAGUAAAAAUUUAUUUAUACAGGGUAGCCCAUUCGGCUCCCAGGCAGGUCUCCAUAGGGGACCCUGUAUCUUAAAAAAAUUAAUUUACAUUAAGAAUUUUCAUAAACUAUUAUAUUCAAAGAGCCUAAUGAAAAUACAAUAAUAGAAUUUAAGAACUAUGUUAAGAGCCUAAAAAAUACAACGCAAAAUCACUUUUAAAGCCUAAAAUAUAAUUAAGAACCAAAGUCAUGAUAAAAAGAAAUGUCUUGCUCGGCGGCAGAUUGUCUGAAUCUUUUCACUCUUCACAAUUUUAUAAAGAUUUUGUUAAAAAUUUUGCACCAGAGAAAAGAAAGGUCCUUUUCCCAAAAUUCUGGCAAACGUUUGGUAGGGAUAGCCUCAUACUUUGCCUUAUGAAAUUAUUGUAAAUGUUCGAAAUUCUUAUAAAACAUAAUAAAAAAUAACUAGGGACUAAUGAGUGAAGACAGAGAAAAACGAGUUUAGCCAGUGCAGCUGCUCUAUUGGUGCUCUAUUAGGGCGGAAACGUGUCAGAAGUCGACAGUUGCAAGAUCAUCAGGCACCUUUCCCGAAACUUAUUAGAAAUGAUUUAGUGGAACUGUAAGCGUUCUUUAAAGCUCACGACAGACCCGUUUUCUUCCCAAAAGCUGCAAAUCAUCUUCCACAUGAUCGGGUUUUUAAAGGACUUUAAAGAGAAACUCUCGCUGACGAGGUCUAACAGUUAUCGUUCGUUUAAUUGUUCAUCUUGCUUUUCACAAGAGUUCCGACAGAGCCUUCGUUGGAGACGAGGAACUUCCAGCGCGUAAAAACGAAGCAGUCACUUUGCCUGAACACGAGAAAAAUGCAGAUCUGGUGAGAUAUCGAGCUGUUAGAUACGAGCCUAGGCCCGAAAUAUGGCAAAAGGUUGCGUGUGUCUGGGACCAAGUCCAAACAAGACCCAAUCAGUUUCAUCAAUACGAGUCCGACAGCUUAUUUCCAGCCAUAUCAGCGUCAACUGUUAGGUACGGAAACAGCAGGUUGUGUAAAUGAGAGGAAUUAAUGGUCUAGAGAGGUGUAAGAGAAGGAGAACUGAAGAGUGGCCUUUAUCUAUAAAUAUCCAAACCAUAAUAAUCACAACGAUAAAUCAAAAGAAAAAAGACUGAAAAGGAGCCAAGAACUCAGAAUAAGAUCAAGCAGACUGCUCAGGAAAUUGGAAAGCACUUGAUUUUGGUUUCUUGAUUAAUUGGUUAAGAAAGUUUUCCAUACCCUUAAAGUGUGGUCGCCGAACGAAGUAAAGCAAAACCAUUUUCAGCUCCUAAUUAACAACGAAAAAGAGUCAAUCAAAAAUUGUCCGCAAGACCAGAGUUGGAGGCAUGUUUUUAUGCCUGAAGAAAUAAAUCCGAAAUUCUUUAGAUUCUUCAUGAGAGUCUUGGUGUCGAGAAAAAUGAACAGUCAUCUUUCCCCAACCACGACUGAGCUCAAAAACUUUGAACCUUACCAUGAAGUUUUGAUAUUCUCUCCUAGAUCAGAAGAGAGGGAGAAAGAACAAAUCAAGGCAGUUCAACCAGCAGAACAAACGGUAGGAAUGCCAAAAUUACCGGAAGGAGGAGAAGAAAGAAAUAUAAAAUUGUAAGUUGACUGUGAAAAAUAACUUGAUCCAAUUUUUGUUUUGAUGCAAAAGUGAGAAGUCCGUGAGCUAAUUGCAGAAACGUGAGAGGAUUGAGAAUGAAUUGCUGCGCGUGGUGCGUUCUUUGGUCCCUUGAGUAGCUACUCAUAAGUAACUUCUUAAAAAAGAUGAUGGCAAAAUGCGAAUUUCUUGACGAUUCUACAUAAUUCAUAAGUUUUCUAUGGGAGAAAAAUGAAUAUUUUUCUGUUGAUAUACCGCUUUCCGAAGAAGAUAUUCCGGGUUCAAAACUCCCUGAAGAUGAACUGGAAGAAUGUAAUAAAAAAGCCAACUUUAAAGAUAACUUUUGUGUCGAGGAGCGAAGACAACUGGGAGGAGGGGAGUCUUGGUACAAAGGUCAGUGAGGAGCUUCACUGAGUUAGAGAUAAAUAUUUGAUUCAAAACCUGCAAAAUAUACUUGACUCGAUGAAAUCUUUUGUUCCAAUCAGACAAGUUCGUGAGUUCGCUUUGAAGACAUUGUGGUCUUUCUCUCGUUUACUCAUUCUUGCAAAUAAAAUGGCGGUAUGUUCUACAACUUCUGCCGGCUCAACGUCUUCUGACCAUGCUUUAUACUUUAAAAGAUUCCACCAGUGGUGAAACUCACCUAUGAAAACUUUAAGAUCCAGGUGAAGGCUUGAGACGAAAAAGAAAACAAAGCUUAGAAUCCUUGAGGAAAUAACAUCGGUGCUAUUUGGCGGUACAUGUUUUAAAAGUGUGAUGCUAACAACCACCUAUCAACUGUUAAACUUCUUGUGAAAAAGCUUCAACCACGCGUGGCAAUUCAUUCCCAAUAUCUUCCCACGUUUCUACCAAUAGCAAUUUCUCGUGAUCGUCAUUGCUAAUAAUCGAUUUUUUUAAUGCCCAAUCAUCAACUUUUUUAGUUCUGAUCCUCGACACGUCCAAUUUCAAAUGCUCUUAACGAGAUGAUGCGUUGUGUUUUUCUUCGUUUUAACCUCACUGUAAACAACUGGUUUCUUCUCUCUCACAAACAGUUUCUUGUUCUCACAAUUCUCGCACGUGGUCAAGUCCAGAUAUGGAAAUAACUUAUGCACGGUCCUCCCCACAAGGGAGGCGCGAGCUGAAAACUCUCGUAGAUCCUUUUUCCAGGAUCAAGGAUGGGUUCGGGAGAGAGAUCCCUUUUCUCCUCCCCCUUUCCCCCCCUUGCUCUUCCUUUUCUCCACUUUUGGGGAAACUUCGGACCUUUCUUUCUUUCUUUCACUAAGAGAAACUACGUCUUUCGUGCGUGUCAUAUACAGUGAUAUUUCAUACUUAACAUUCAUUGCUUGCAUUUCAGCACCAGACCCACUCCAGGGUACGGAGGCUACAUCAGCCGAUAUCCAGAGGAACCCAGACCGCCUCAGGGAUCCUGGGAUGAGGUUUUUGUAAACUUUUCUAAGUUAACUUACAGGUAAGGCGUAAAUGACUAAAAUUUACAUCGAAUACCUCGAAUAAGAAUUAUGCUCGGGAAACCAUAUAUUAAUCAUUUCUCCGCCGUAUGGAUGCCGGAAAUAACGACACUGACCGCUUUUUAAGGUUUUAUAAACUGAACUGAGCUCUUAAACAUCGUUUUGAACCAGCAAAAAAAUCGAAUCCGCACGCUUUAUGAAAAAUUAUUUAUUGACUCAAAUGAUGCUCUUGCGCCAAUGUGGCCAGGUUUUUUUUCAGCCGCGCUCUGUGGUUUUUAGUGUGCCGCCUGGUCACUAAUGUUAGAUAAGUUUUUACACUUCCUCUUUCAAGUGUGUGUUGAUACACUGUAUACGCUUUCUUUUCAUAACGAAAACCGGUCAAAAAAAAGAGAAUAUAUCACAUGUACAGAGCCAGGGAGAGUAAAUGUUAUUAAGUGUCUACCGUUUAUUUUCGUGACCCAAUGGAAAAUCUUGCUCUUGCCAUUUUCUCUUACCUUUGAAUCACUUUUUUUUCGGUAGAUCAUAUCCGUCCUACGAAUACACAAAGGAGGAAUUUGCUCACGAGGGACCACUGAGUAGACUUGUCACCACUACCCACCCCUCCAAUCCGUUUAACAAAGUUGAUAAAUGGAGCUCUCGACCAAAGAAACUUUGCAAACGCACUGACCAUUCAAAAUUUAUUUUUGUCAAUUAA